GCCUUUGUGUGAAGGCGGGUAGGACUCGUCUCGGUUAGGCUACUGAUUAGCAACAAACAGAAGGUUACGACUUUAGGAAAUUGGAUCAAAUUUAACCGCCGGGCUGACUUUACGGCGGCCCAGAGCGACUAUAAGGGUUUCGGAUGUCUACCCGGAGUUUGUUGUGUCGCUUUCUACGGGGAACCCGGUGGUGAUUUGCAACAUUUCUGGCUUAUCGACGAGUCAAACCCUCGCGUUUUGGGUCGUUCAAGUGGCGAUGCUGAGCCCAUAGCUGCGUCAUCAUGUUGCUUCCGUCUCGAGUUGUCGAAAAGAAAUCUCAAGUUAACGCCGGAGGUGAGGCUGCCCGCCGUCAUCCAGCCCCCGGGGGCCACUCUCGACCCCUGAAAUAGAUGGAAGGCGAGCUGUCGGUGUGCGGGGUUUGCGGUGAACCCGUUUUACGUGGUCUCCGUGGAAACCGGUUGACUUUAACGCACAUCACUCGGCGUUCGGUUGGCGCGAUGCUUUCGGUAUUUCGACGUCACGCCAUUUAACGCGUCUGUUGAUGUUGCGUCGCGUGAGAACCCGCGCGAUAUUUUUUUGAGAAAAACCAAAAUACGACCCAAAUGCUAAAAAAAAAAAAAGCCGGAUUUUAUUUAUAUUUGUAAUUUAAAGAGACGUUAGCCACGACUGUGUGGGUAGUGAGAAGUGAUGCUCUCACUGACAGUUGCUGGGCACCUUCUGUGUUAGCGUCGCGUGGGCAAAGCUAGCUUCUGUGAGCCGUAAUGAGAGACGUCGCGGUUCAUUUGAGCUUAUUUGCAGCCCCGCGCCGGACUAUUCGGAGUGGUUAGGCCCGGUGCGUCCGCUGUCACCGGUAUCAGGUCGCUGGGUGAAGUUUUGCCCUCGCGGCCCACCGCUGUGACCCCCUCCCUUGGGGGGGGGAGGGGGGAAGUGGAUACAAGUUAAAUACACAGUAUUUAACGUUAACCACCGUGUUUUUAACCAAAAAAAAUGGCUGGUAUCUGCACCCAUGUCGGUGCCAGUUACGCGAGCGCGGAGACGUUUCGUCCGUCCAAACCGUGGACUGAUGAAGACAGAGCCGGAAGGAUGGAGACAGCCGGGAACUCUGAAGGGCGUGGACCUCCCGAACGGCGGUCGCCCAACUUCGAGACGAUAGACGGGCUGUUGUACCGCAAGAAGCUGGAAAGGGGCUUCGUCAACUACCGGGAGGUUUUGGAGGAGGACCGCAGGCAGGAGGCCCUCUCCACCUUUCACCGGCGGCGCCUCGGCCAGCGCCACCUGUCCCUGGAGGAGACUUAUAAAUGCGUGGCUGAGAACUACUGGUGGGAAGGGAUGUACUUCCAAAUCAGAGAUUUUGUCCUGGGCUGUCUGGAAUGCCAGCGAACUAAGAAAACCGAGGAGCCGGGUGGCAGAGGAUGCGUUACGAAGACGAUGGUGUCGCACGGCGCCGACAUGCUGAGCAAGCUGAGGGGUCAGCGGGAGGCGGGGCUGUUCUGUGACAUCACGCUGCGGACAAACGGGCGAUCCUACUCGGCCCACAGAGCCGUCCUGGCGGCCGUCAGCGAUCACUUCCAGGAGAUCUUCACAGAAAUGGACUCGAGCAUGAAGGCCGAUAUAGAUCUCACCGGUUUUAGUGAGGACAGCCUUCUGUCUCUGCUGGAUUUCUCCUACUCCUCCACUCUGUGUGUUCGCCAGGAGGACCUACCCGAAGUCAUCGCCAUGGCACGCCACCUGGGCAUGUGGCCCGCGGUGGAGGCCUGCUCCGCUCUCAUGAAGGAGCAGGAGCGGAAGCUCCGUCCUCGCGACGGUCACAUUGCUGCUUGUGCCGGCCCAUGUCGCGAACGUUACUGCCAGCGCAGGGAGGGCAAAAGGAAAAGGGCUUUUGGCUUGGAGGACAACGGGAACAACGGCUUCUGUUUGCUGCUGGAUUCGUCCGACGAGUCGUUUCAAGGAGGCCCGAGGCGAAACCUGCGUCGGACCCCGAAAGCCCACAACGGUCUCCCUCUGAGUCCCUCGCACAGGAUGAAGCUCAUGGACUUUAAAUCUCCCUCCUCCAAGAAAGCCACCACGCCUCGACACGCCAUACCCAACGCACAGUCCCAGAAUGACUCUCGCAUCUCCCCAUCAAACUCCCGCCUCCUCCGCUCCACUCCCGGGGCAGCCAAAGAGCUUCAGAGAUUGCUGCCCGCGCCGGAGAGUCCUCGCCGAAACCGGCGAGCUCCCCCCGUCCCGCGGCUGUCCCGCGCGUCCAUGUCCCGGGUUGCGAAGAUCGCCGCGUGCAGCCCCGUGCGGGUAAAGCAGGAAGUGGUGGAGGUCGGAGAGGACGAGCAGGACAGUGCGAGAGCGCAGGAGAAGUACGAGCUGAUGAGCGUCCUCGGGUUACAAAGGACCGCCCUGCUCCCCCGACCGGAGGAUCUGAUCGGCUGGAGGCAGAAGAAACGGCUGAGGAAGCUGAAGGCCAACAACUACUCGCUGACGAAGCGGCGGAAACCCCGCCCCGCCUCCCCCGUCCUGCCGUACGGGGCCGUGGCACUGUCCCUUCCCCUGUGUGACCCCAUUAACACUCACCUCCUCGCCAAGUCGGGGAAGACCAAGCCCGCCGGCCCGGUCGGCAAACCGCAGGCGAAGGCAAAAAGGCCCAAGGGCGCCCCGCGGCGGGUCCCUCCAAGUGACCGGAGCAUGCGAAGUCAAGGCGCCUUGCCCGACAUGUUUCAGCCGUUCUGCGGGCGGGAACUCCGGCGGUCGGUGAGGAAGGGCGACGUCCACCUCGCUGCCCGGCAGCCUCGGCGACGCAGCGCCAAGAGGCCUCCUGCGAGAAACCCGGUCAGGAUCAAAUCCGAACCGGUCGACUACUCCGUCUCGGGCUUCUCUCUGUCAUCCGACAGUCGCCGCGGCAACGCGCCCCACAGGUCACCGCCUCCGCACGAGACGCGAGCCAAAGGUAACGCCGCCGCCGCCGUCAAAGCGCCGCGGUACAACAGCAGCCGGCGGGCACAGAAGACUAAGCUUGCGCGGAGCUCCGCGGUAAAGGGGCCGAGGACCAAGUGUGAACCCGGAGAAGAGGAGGAGGAGGAGGGGAAGGUCGGGGUCUUGGACAAUAAACCCGGUGGGCUCCAGUUUUCGGAGCGCGCGCAUCCGGCGUCCAUCUACAACAACCCCCUGUACAAAGUGAUCAAAGAGGAGCCCGCAGACCCCGUGCCCGUUGGUGGCACCUUUCCCGAGCCGCCCUCGCCGGACCUGGGCAAGCGGCAGAGCAAGCCCCCCAUCAAACUCCUGGACUCUGGCUUCCUUUUUAGCUUCUGUCGGCCCACCGGGGGCCUGAAGAAAGAGGAGGAGAGCGUUGACAUCUGCCUGACGCGCUCUGUGUCACAAGUCAGAGAGAAAUUCGCAGCGGAGGAGUCCCCACACAGGGCGCUGAGGGCCCGGGGGACCACUGCCCCACCCGCGGUGAAGAAGGAGAGGGUCGCGAGCCAAAGCAAGGUCCAGAGACCCAGGCAGAACUCCCGACACAGCACUCCUCAUCUAGCCAAAUCUGUCAGGUUAAACGCCACAAGCACCGUGCCGAAGCAGCAAGCGAACCCCCCUCCGAGUGGCAGGAGCCGCGUCUCGCUGGACGCUGUGCAGCGGGCGAGGCUGAAGCAGCUCCGGGGGCCUCGCAGCCAGGUGCCCAAAGUCCCAAAGGCGGCCCAUUCCUGCUCGCAGUGCUCUGCCUCCUACAAGGACUGUGACGCACUCAUCAUGCAUCGCCUCCGGCACAUCGAGGGCAAGCACUGGCCGUGCCUGCUCUGCAGUAAGACGUUCUUUCGACUGAGGAAUGUACGGAACCACAUCCACACCCAUGACCCCAAGUUGUACAAAUGUCGGAGCUGCAUUGCUGCUGGCUCCUGAGGCAGCUAAACUGCGAGGCCAAGGAUGAAGGCUUUUCGGGGUGUGGCACCAGCAAACAGGCUGUGGCCGGAGGCACAUGAUCGAUCAGCAGCUUGUACAUAAUGCAUCUGUCACGCAUGCACACACACACACACACACACACACACACACACACACACACACACACGGCGCACAACAGACUGGAAAGGCAUAAUUAUACCGAUUCUAAUCAUUGCUGUUGCCAAUGAUUGCUAAUGUUAAUGAAAUAACCAAACCAAGGUUUGCUGGUCCUGUUUGCGUUUCCGUAGCAACAGAAGGUUAAACUUGAACAUUACACUCAGGGGGUGGGAGAAGGUGAUGCCACGGUAUGAAGGGAUUAUAACGUGCAUCAAAUGAAAUGUCAAGUGAUUGUUAUAACUAUUACUGCUACUUAUUUUUUUGUAUGUAUAGAUGCAUUUUGAGUGCACUUAUAUAAUAGCUUACGUUGUUAUCCUAAGAAGAGGGGGUGCGAUCGAAGGUUUGGAGGCCUUGGUGGGUAAACUUGAAGUGAUCAAAGUGCUGGAGGGAAUACUUGAAGUUGGUGGUGGUGGGGGGGGGGGGGGGGUCCUAGGAGAGACUGUCCUUUUUGGGUGUAUCAUUGGGUCUUUGUGCUUUUUGGUGUGCUAACUUUAAAAACACCUUGAACAGUCUGCCCCUCCUUGCGUAUUUAUCUCUCAUGGUCUGAGUCAGGGACUCUUCGGGCUGGUAUGGUGACACCACUGCAUGUGUAUUUGCAGGCCAUUUGUGGUCCACUGUCUUUUCUAAGGCUGCCAAUUUAAAAAGGGGGGGGGGACAUGUUCUUGGUUUUAAUGUGAAUUUCUGACUAGUAAUCGGCAAUUGUAGAACAGAUGUUUAUUGAUCACUUCCACUUUGAUCCAAGAAAAGACACUUCUUGUUCCACUCAAAUGUCCCCUUCUGAAUCAAUGCAAUGCGUACACAUUAAGAGAUAUUUAAUUUUCACAUUGAUUUUAGAAAUAAAUGAGCUGUCUAUUGCUAUCUGUUAAAAAACUGAAUAAAGUUUUGCCUUUCA